CACCCCUUCUUUCAAAAAUACAAAAAUGAACUCCACCCCUCCUCCAUCCCAACAAAGCGACAGAAGCGAGCUUGCUCACUCUUCUACUGCUCAAGAACAACAAACUGUCAAUGAAAAUGAAAAUGAAAAUGAAGAGCCUCUGAUUCGGACUCGUCCAUUGUAUGCCAACAACAAAUCUGCUCAACCAACGCGUGUACAUCAACACUGGCACCAGCAGGAAAAUCAACCUCAUCAGCAAAUUCAUCAAGUUCAACACCAUCAACAGCUGCAUCUUUCGCAGUACGGUCGACAGCCCCCUGCAGGCCAGAACGUUGGGGGUUCACCUCUCUCUUUCAUUCCAACCUCCGCUCUACUUUAUCCAUCCUACCCGGGCUAUCCUGUGGCAAACUUUCAGACCGAGUUUACCGCUCCACUUUCUCCUGCCUCUUCCUUCCACUCCCCUACUCCUUCUACUCAUUCUUUGUCUCCGCCUCCCCUUGGUGCGAUGUCCUCCAUUUCAUCGGGCUCGAACGCCUAUCGCGUUAAACGUAAAGCGACGACAGUGACGCACGACUCUUCGGCGUCUCGCAAACGACCAUCUUCGUCAUCGUUACAGUCAUCAGAGUUGAAGACACAGCAAGGCAUGUCAGGGAGAGCUCCAUCAUUCUCUUUCAAAAAAGAGCACGAAACAUGUAUUGCUAGGCAAAUGGCGCUUCCCGAAAAUUGGCCAAUUUUAACAGCAAGAGGGAAGGCAAGAAAAGAUCGCCGAUCAAAACGGGAUGUCUUUGCGGACAUUGCGCGAGAGCUCAACAAGAAAUUCACUACAGAAGAAAGCAAACUGAAGAUUGGCGAAAGCCAAGUAAAAAACAAAGUGGAGGCCAUGUAUAGGAUCUUUUGCAAGGAAUGCACUUUUUACAAUUCAACUGGAAAUGGUGAUAAACCUGGUGGCCUAACCUUAGACGAACAGAUGAAUUAUAGAUGUCACUAUUUCUUCAUCCUGUUCGAGGCUGGUUCCAUAUCAGACGACGGUGAGAUCGUUGUUCAUGAUAACGAAUCAUUUGUCCCUCCCAUGAUGCGUCAGGCCAGUGCCAAGGUUGAUGUUCAGAAUAACGUUGAAGAUGUGGAAUGGUCAGAUACUGAAGGUAGCACGAACGAAGACAAUGACGGAUACAACGAUGACGAUGGUAACAACGGUGGUGACGAUGAUGUUGGCUCUAGUGACCAUGGAAGACGCGCAACAUCAGUUGCCUCGACUGUUGCUUCAAUAAAGUCAACAAAGUCAACAAAGAAAUCAAACCAGGAAACGUUGUCAGCCCCACCAAAGACAAAAGGACCACAGCAAAAUGACAUAACUCAAGUGGUCGAUUUUAUGCGCGAGGCUGAAAACAAAAAAAUGGAAAUAGAAAACAAAAAAAUGGAAAUAGAAAACAAAAAAAUGGAAAUAGAAAACAAAAAAAUGGAAGUAGAAAGAAUCAGGAUAAAAAUGGAGGAGGAAAGAGAAAAAAGGAGGCUAAAAAUGGAGGAAGAAAGGCAUGCGAUUUAUAAGAGGGAGCGCGAGCUGGAACUACGGGGCCGUGAACUGGAAUUACAAGAGAGAGAGCUUAAAAUGGCUUUAGAAAAAAGAAAAUUGCAAUCCCCAGAACGUGACCCCAGUAUUAAUUUUAAUCUUAAGAAUGUGUUUGCAUUCCGCUCCAGGUCCAACAGUGCUUCACCAACUAGGUCUGGUACAGCUCAUAAUAAUAGCCAAGGCUUUUGAAAUUGUUCGAAACACUCUUCAUAGGAGAUUCUUAUUUCUAUAGUGAUGUCUCAUUAAAC